AUGGCUGUGGAGCCUUGGAGUGUAAAGGCUUUCAGGGCCAUUGAGGCUUCAAUAGCGCCCCAGACACGGUUAGCCUACGACAAAAGGGAUGAUAUGGAAAAUGGCAUCACAAGCCCCAAAAAUGAUCUCACAGUUAGAAACAGGAACUUAGAAAAAGACAAUUCCCUACAUCCUAAGCAGAAUGAUGCAAACUUCAGUAUAGAGAGCAAUCAAUAUGUGAACAAAGAUGAAUCAGAAGAAAAUGAGAAAACUGGUUGCAAAGGGUUUCUGGGAAAGCAUUACAACAUAGCCUUUCACUUUUUCAGGAAUAAUAAAACCACAAUUCAAUAUGUGAUUUAUGGAAUACUGAUAGCAGCUUACCUGGCAAUGGUAACUGCGGCCUGUAUCUUGAAUUUUCACAGAGCCUUGGCCCUUUUUGUGCUCACUGUCCUUGGCAUCUUUUUUAUCUUCUGGGACUUACUGAUGGCCAGAUAUGAGGACAAAAUCUCAGAAUCUCUCAGUCCUUGCCGAAGGUUUCUGAAAGUACAGUGGUUUUGGCUGAAAUGGGUGGUGUGGAUAGCUCUAGCAGCUGCCCUUGUAUGCUGGCUUGUCUUUGACACCGCCAAGCAAGGAACCAACCAGCUUAUUUCCUUUGGUGGGCUUGCAAUGUUCGUGUUCCUGAUGCUGAUAUUUUCCAAAUACCCAACUAAAGUUGUGUGGAGACCCGUAAUUUGGGGGAUUGCAAUGCAAUUUGUUCUUGGUCUAAUUACCUUGAGGACAAAAGCUGGAUUUGAUGCGUUCAAUUGGCUUGGUGUGCAAGUACAGACUUUCUUGGGGUACACUGAUGCUGGAGCUGAGUUUGUCUUUGGUAAAAAAUAUACCGAUCACUUCUUUGCCUUCAAGGUGCUCCCUAUCGUCAUUUUCUUCAGCACAGUGAUGUCUAUGCUUUACCACAUUGGAUUUAUGCAAUGGCUUAUUAAAAAGGUUGGAUGGGUAAUGCAAAUAACUUUAGGAACAAGUCCAGUUGAAUCUCUAGUUGCAGCCGGCAACAUAUUUGUGGGACAGACAGAAUCUCCUCUCUUGGUGAAACCUUAUUUGGUAUAUGUCACAAAGUCUGAACUGCAUGCCAUUAUGACAGCAGGGUUUGCCACCAUUGCUGGAAGUGUCUUAGGAGCAUAUAUUUCUUUUGGGGUUUCAGCUUCCCACUUAUUAACUGCUUCUGUGAUGUCAGCACCAGCAGCUUUGGCCAUCUCUAAACUCUUUUGGCCCGAGACUGAAAUUCCCCAGAUAACUGCACAACAGGGUACAAAAAUUGAGAAAGGAGACUCAAAGAACCUGUUGGAAGCUGCAAGCCAAGGUGCUUCUGCCUCCAUCUCACUGGUGGCAAACAUCGCUGCGAAUCUGAUUGCCUUCCUUGCCUUGCUGUCUUUCUUCAAUGCAGUCCUGUCAUGGCUAGGAAACAUGUUUGACUACCCACAGUUGAGCUUUGAGAUCAUUUGUGCCUAUGUUUUCAUGCCAUUUUCCUUCAUGAUGGGAGUAGACUGGGAAGACAGCUUUAUUGUUGGUAAACUCCUAGGCUACAAGACUUUCUUCAACGAAUUUGUCGCUUAUGAACACCUUUCUAAACUGAUCCACCUGAGGAAGGAAGGAGGACAAUUAUACAUCGAUGGUGUGAAACAAUACUUGAGUAUUCGGUCUGAAACUAUUGCUACCUAUGCCCUCUGUGGAUUUGCAAACUUUGGCUCUUUGGGAUUGGUAAUUGGAGGACUGACAUCCAUGGCUCCCACCAGGAAGAGAGACAUUGCAGGAGGUGCCUUAAGGGCCAUGAUUGCUGGCACUGUGGCCUGCUUCAUGACCGCUUGCAUUGCAGGAAUAUUAUCUAUCACGGAAGAUCCAUGCAAUGCUGUAUUAGAAAACAACUUCAACACUACUAGUAAUAGCUCAGAAAUUGUUCAGUGCUGCUUAAACCUCUUGAACAGUGCCACUGCAAACAAUUCAACAGGAAACUACAAUGUGACCACCUUGUCUGGAUGUUGUACACUUCUGAACUGGCCUACAUUUAACUGCAGUUGGACUGCUUAAGAUGAAGCACUUUUAUAUAAGAAAUAAGUGUAGGAGUUUGCCUCAUUUCUGGACUAAUGAGAAGAUCGGAUGGCAGUGGAGUCAUCUUGUUGUUACAAACAGGACAAACCUAGUUUUCAAUUUAAAUUAGCUUGGCAGCUAUGUAAAUCUUUCAGCCACACUGAAGUUAUUGGGUAAGUAUCUGUGUUCCAUUUAACAUAGGAACAUAGGAAGCUGCCAUAUACUCAGUCAGACCAUUGGUCUAUCUAGCUCAGUAUUGUCUACCCAGACUGGCAGUGGCUUCUCCAAGGUUGCAGGCAGGAAUCUCUCUCAGCCCUAUCUUGGAGAUGCUGCCAGGGAGGGAACUUGGAACCUAGCUCUUAGGUCCUAAUAGCAAGAACUAAUUGUAAUG